GCCGGGGAGCCUCACAUCACAACGAAGUGCCCCUCGGAAAUCAUCUCUCCGCAAACACACCACCGCUGUGAGAACCGACGUCAAGACUGAACUGAACACCUCGCUUUAAUUUUCCUCUUGCGUCGGUUGAGUCGAAGACCCAAGCCGCUGAAACGGAAAGUGCAACUGCGGGAACAAGUCCGAGCGGUCUCGGACUGCCCCCUCUCCGCCUGCCCCAUCUAAGCGGCUGUCGAAACAUGGAACGAACUUGAAGCUCUGCUCGACCUGGGAAGUCGCAACAGUCGCUUCACAGCGGAAUGAGGUUGGAAGAUGCCACUGCCACUGCCACUGCCACUGCCACUGCCACUGCCACUGCCACCUGACCGACAUCGAUUGCAUUCCGAGUCGCUGUCUGGUGGUGGUGAUGAUGAUGAUGAUGAUGAUGAUGAUGGAAGGUGUAACCCAGCCGGUCUCACUACACUCACCUCCAGAGUACCUGCUUACACUACUUCGCUGCGGGCUCACGAGGAAGGAGAGACCUGCCCCGAUGUGCGAGUCGGUCACUUCAGGAAGUUGGGAUUGCGGCGACAAGUGGAGCUGCCCUGGGACUUGAAGAGGGCAGCCGAAGGCUCAUGCAGUCUUCGGGCAUGAUCCAAUGACGGAGGAUUCAGUCGUGCUUUCGGUUGUGCUGCCCUAAAAGCAGACAAGCUUCACGGGUCCCGGGCCCAUGUCGUCAACUGGAGCACAAGGAAGACUCGGACAAGAAAGAGAUACAGUGGCCGCGGUGAAACAGAGACACAAGCACGACAGCAACCCCAAGGUCGGAGCUUCCACUUCAACAAUGAACGUCCACCUGAAGCUUCCGCAGCAACUCGAAAUCCCAAGCCCCAGGCCCCAUGCCAGGCAGGCAUCAUAUCGGUGCUUCUUACUGCCCUUUGUGCUUCGUCAAGUUGUGUUCCCAGCCAUCCAGGCUUACCACUGCAGACACUCCGACGUUAUCUUCUCCCGACUAACCUUAACCUCAUCAAUUGUCUCGGGCAACCGUAUUUCAUCUAUCUCGCUCUCCCGACCACGUUCGCAACGAGACAGUGUUCAUCAAAUGGCCAAGCCACACUCUGCCAGUGUCGGGAUUUGUCAACUUCCGUCAUGCAUGGAAUCAUCUUUUCCUUUUCGCCGCCGCAACGAGCCAUCUUCCGCCAGCACUGGCAUGAUACGUGCCUCCAUCAUCGGAUGCCCACGAGCCAGGAGCGGCCAGGAGCCACCCCGAAUUAUCUGUUCGCACUCGCCUUCCAUCUCUAGCCGAAACCCAAUGUGCCUCCGCGGACUGGACCGACGGGUAAUUGUAUCCUGCAAGGAAUGCGUCUUCACUCCCAAGAGCUUGCCUAUAUUCCCAUGUCCUUCGCUCCCUAGACAUGGCGGUAUUGGCUUUUCAAUUCAUUAGGGCGACUUUCCAUAAUUUGAGACUUUUGUUGCCAUAAGAGAGAGAAGCCUGCGAUCCUAGACGCAAAAAGAUGCUCACAGACAUUCUUCGUUCGCGGCGAAACACAGACAGACAGACAGACAGACAGACAUCCACCGGCGGUAUGUCAGCUCAACCACGUUUUCUUCGCCGGGUCUGUAAUGCGUAUAUGCAAUGUAACUGCCAUAUGGACGGCCACGCGCGCAAUACCUGCGAAGAAGAAAAACAGUACAACGCAGGUUCCUGCGCAGGAACUAACGCUGCAUCGGAAUGUCUGAUUGAUCUUAUCGCCAAAGUCCGGACAGCGACCUUUAAUCGUACGCAUUGCUCAGGAUGAGACGUAUCUGGUCUUCCUGAGGAACAACGAACAACGUUUUGAUUCCUGCUUACGAGUUCACAAAGUCGACCAAGAAACGAUCAGCUUACGAGAUCGUAAACAAUAUCCGUGCAUACAGCAGUACCCAACCAGCCAGGAUCGGUGAUUUGCCCGCCUUCGGGCCUUUUGAGCCCAGACUCUGGACAUAGUGGGAUUUGCCCCGUCAUGUAUAAUAGACCCGCAAGUCAGCCACAACAAGCACGCUUUUGGUCAAGAGCCGUAUUAUAGCCAGCUGAGUCGAAGAGAAAGCCCUGGUAUCUACCCGCAAUGAAUACGCUUGGGUCUCACAUGUUCGAACCCGAGUCAACAAUGGGCCGACGCCUACUGGCGGCCAUCGUGGGAACUCAAUUGUGGACGCCUCCUCAUGCCGAUGUGGCGCCUGCAUGGCAAGUGAAAGGUCCUUGUUUGGGUGUUUGAGCCCGAUUCUUUUUGAGACCAAGACAAUCUGAAACUACGCAACUUCCUAUCUCGUCCCGCCGUUGCAAAGCAAGCUCAUUCCAGCCAAUGCAGCUCUGUGCGAUUGCUCCAACCAUGUGGUCUCCAUGGUCCUUGGAAGAUCGCAAGCAUGCCUUCGCAAAGGAGACAGGCAAGACAACUCUGUGCGGGGAACCUCUUUCAGGGAGUUCAUCGCCUGUGUCCUUUCCGGAAACUUAAGGAGGUGCGACGAUCCUAGUGUCAGUCAGCUUCUUGCUAGCGUAUUGCCUGGUCGGUAACCUCAUCUACCUUGGUCUGGACUCCCGAGGAACCAUAUUAAUCACUCCGACCGGCAUCACGGUAUGGAAGCAAAGACACGCGAGCCGUAUCAGGUUGGAUGUCCACGACGGGUUUCCGGCAUUGGGGCAUGACAGCACGGGUAUCAAAGCAAUUUAAGAACCGAUUGGACUAGAGCUUUCAUUUGGUGGCGGAAGCACGAGAGUGGCGUGGCUUUGCCAUCUUGAGAAUGCCUUCGAAAGCCAGCCACCCCUGGAUUCUUAUCCUAUGAUUACGAAGAACCAUGCCCCUCCGGGGUACGCCACGAAUGGUUACUUUUCAUGUCAACCGUUUCAUUGGGUCCUUGAUAGCUAAGCUUGCGUGUGCAGGCUCAAACACGCGUGAAGAUUGGGUUUAUGGCAGCAGCUGCAGGAAAUGCAUGUUCAAAUCUUCUAAUUAUUUCCACCACCCUCUUGCCAGCAAAAGAACAUCAAAAUGGGAGGCAGGGGCUGCUAAAAAGGGUAGGAUGUGCUCAACGAAGCUUUUUUGGCACUGCAGGACGUAUCGACGAUGUCUUAUCCAGCAAGCAAGCCCCACCUCCCCCGGGAGCGGCAGAUAUUCCUUCGUAUGCAAGCCGCUUUUGGCAUGUUUCCAACCAAAGGAAUGCAUUUGCUGCUAUGAUCAGGCGACGAUGUCGAUUCCGUGAGGCUCACGGGGGUUGCCAGACAUGUGGUUAAAGCUUUAUCACCGCGGUGUCUAGGGCACCUGGGUUUCCUUACCUUGGACACGCGUAUUCUACUGUGGCUCAUGGCCUUAAACACUGAUGGAGGUCAAAGAGUGGAUUCAGUGAAUACUGUGCUCACCAUGAUGUAACUUGGCUCUGAUUAACCGUUCGAUUGGCCACAAUGCUCGCAGAUGGCAUGCUCACGCUUGUUCACUUCUGAGCCCACACUUUCGCUUUUUCUUUCUUCUUUUCUUCGCAGAGUGUCAUUAAAUCUGCCAAGCAAGAAGAAGAGACAAGACCGAUCGGACGUCCGAUGAUGUGUGGGGGAUUGUUUGUGGUACAACUUGAACCCACUGAAACAAGGAAGUGGACGAUUACCGCCGGCUUGGGCACAGGCUAAGCGGGAGAGGGAUGCGGUCGUGGGCUCUCGAAGACAGUAAGUACAAUGUAUGCUACAUACCGAGAUUGGAACAUAUCUCGUGUUGUGGUUGUCGUGGUAGCAAUCAGCACGGUUGCUUGCUGGAGGCACGCAGAAGGUCAAGCCACCGAGGCUGUUUUGCAGCAAGACGCACAAAUUACUCAUUGUAUAUUAGCCAUUUCCUUCACCGACAUCGCACUUUGAUGAGGUUUGCUUGCGGUAGACAGGAACGCGGGAAGCAUCUGCAUCCCGUUAUCGAACGACAAA